UUAUCUUCAGAGUUAAGAGAAACUUCGUGUAGUAUUCGUAUAGAUAUUCUAGACUGAUGGCGUCUUCUCCGCAGAAGUCUCCGUCUUCCCCCAAAUCGCUAACUCCAAAGUCGCCGCCCUCAAGGAAGAAAGAUGAUUCGUUUCUUGGAAAACUUGGAGGGACUUUGGCAAGAAGGAAAAAGGCAAAGGAAGUGUCUGAGCUCCAGGAGGAAGGCAUGAACGCAAUAAAUCUCCCAAUGAGCCCCACACCUUCUGAGGUACACCCAGAGGACACCCUGUUAGAGGAAAAUGAGGUCCGUACAAUGGUAGACCCUAAUUCAAAGAACGACCGCAAAUUACAAGAGCUGAUGAAGGUUCUCAUUGACUGGAUAAAUGACGUACUGGUAGGAGAGAGAAUCAUUGUGAAGGACCUGGCUGAAGAUCUUUACGACGGACAGGUUCUUCAGAAACUCUUUGAAAAACUAGAGGGAGAGAAGCUUAACGUGGCAGAGGUGACCCAAUCUGAAAUUGCCCAAAAACAAAAGCUUCAGACCGUGUUGGAGAGGAUCAACGAUGCUCUGAAACUCUCCACCAGGAGCAUCAAAUGGAAUGUAGACUCGGUCCAUGCUAAGAGCAUUGUGGCUAUUCUACACCUGUUGGUCGCCCUGUCUCAACACUUCAGAGCACCGAUCAGGCUCCCAGAUCACGUGUCCAUACAGGUGGUGGUGGUUCAGAAACGAGACGGAAUUCUCCAGUCUCGACAGGUUCAGGAGGAGAUUACGGGGAACACUGAGGCUUUGUCUGGGAGGCAUGAACGAGAUGCUUUUGACACCUUGUUUGACCAUGCUCCCGAUAAACUGAACGUAGUGAAGAAGACUCUCAUCACUUUUGUCAACAAACACUUGAACAAACUUAACCUGGAAGUGGCUGAGCUGGACACACAGUUUGCUGAUGGAGUGUAUCUGGUUCUGCUGAUGGGACUACUGGAGGGCUACUUUAUCCCGCUCUAUAAUUUCUUUCUCACUCCAGAAAACUUUGACCAAAAGGUUCAUAACGUCUCCUUCUCCUUUGAGCUGAUGCAGGACGGUGGCUUGGACAGGCCCAAACCAAGGCCUGAGGAUAUUGUGAAUUGCGACCUAAAAUCAACACUGCGAGUUCUCUACAACCUCUUUACCAGAUACAGACAUGUCGAGUAAGAGAAUGAGCAAGGUUUAGGGACAUUUAAAGGUGACCAAUUUUUUUUUUUCUUCACUGUUUUUGGGCUUUUUAUUGAAAGCGCUGAGCAUAUUUUUCGUUGAACACUCCCACCACUUGGUUGCACGCCAUUUUACACAUCACCUUUUUUUAUCUGUUAUUUUGAAAACCACUGAGGAGAGUGUGCUGUUCGUUCACAAGGCCACAGGUUUUUAUGGACUGAAACACCUUUUUUCUUUUUGAUUUUUUUUUGGCUUUUUGUGCUCAUUCUAAAGCCUAUUUGAAUACAAGUUCACCAAAAAUCAUAUGAACAAUAUGUUUUUGGAGGGAGUACGUCAUACACUACGUAAAUAGAAUAAAUGAUAAAAGAAGUGGUUGGUUAUUUUUUUGAGUUUAUGAACUGAAAUAUGAUUACACUUUUUGACUGUAGGAUAAUACACUACAGUGGAGUGUUAAUAAAAGUUAUUAGUCAUUCAAAUGAAUUUGAAACAGAAUGGACCACGUGAGGCAAGAUAUUAGCAACAGUUCAGCCUCUACUUGCUAUUGUACACUGUUUUUUUUUUGAUCUGCAAAUGUAAGAAAAAUUCCACCUCUUUUUAGAGCAGUGUAGGACAGUGUUUUUGUACUGUAUCUAUGAAGUUCCAUGUAUUUCUGUCAGGGUUUUUUUCCCUCCUUUGAACUACGAGAGAUCUAUUAUAUGGCAUAAUUGUUUAUAUCUUCCACAGUUGAUGAUAAACUAUAAAUAUAUAAUGCUAUGUUGUGAUAAUUACAAGAGUCUAACAAAGAAGAGUAUUGAAUGGAGUAUUUUUUAAUUAAUCACAAAUAGCAGCUUAAUUAAUCAUUGGAAAAUGAAAAGGUGAUAUGAACCGAGCUGUUUGUGUAAAAGUUGUCUUAAAUGCGUUGUUUGUCACACACAGGGAAAAAAAAUGUAUCAAAAAAAAUGUUGAGGCAAUAAUAAAGUAAGUCUGAAUGAUCUGUC